AGGUAAAUAGUAAGGAAAAAAGUACACUUUUAUGUGACAAUAAGCUCGUACGGAAAACGUGCUCGAUUAUAAAGUGGUCUCUCUUUCUUUUAUCUUUUUGUAAAGAAACCAGCACGUCACACAUCCAGGGUGUAGGGAUUAAGAGGUUGGUGAUGAACAUUUGCUCUACUUCUCAAGUAGGACAGUUGGUCUGAGGCAAGAUGGAGGCUUUGCGUCAACUGGGAACACUUCUCGUUCUUGUGACUACAGUUCACUCGUCAUGGUCUCUGUGUCAAGAUCACCCUGUAAACAACAGCCGAGAUGAGUGCGAAAUGCGGUUCAAAGUGCAAAGACACGAAAUAGUUGGUCAGUUGACGACGAGGGAACAGAUAGACAACGUCUGCAGAAUCUACCCGGAGUACGAAAACUGUCUGAAGGAGUUAAUCAAGGAUUGCCCGAAAGACCAAUCAUUCCUGGACAUGCAGGGCUACGACCAAAACUCCACGCUGGUCGCUUUCGAAGGAUUCUGCGCUGACAGAGACGAUUAUUUGAAAGGUGUUUCCUGUUUCAACACAAACAAUGCUGCCAUUUUGAGAUGUUUCUCCAAUCAUUCGAUGGGCCGAAGAGACGCCAUGUAUGAGGUCCUUAGAACUAGAAACUGGGAGAAGUUCUAUGAAACACUUUGUCCUCUCCAGGUCACUGGUGCGAAAUGCGUGGCUGAUGCUGUUGCCAGUUGUUCCGCGGACGUCAGGGAAACCCUGACGAACAUCGCUUACGCCUUGAUGCACGGACGAUGUAAGGUGAAGAAAUAUGGGAGUUUUCAGUCGAAGUACGAUCGCUUAUACGGCUUGUCGUCACGAUCUGUGACGUCCUCUGGUCUCCUAACGCUAGCACUUGGCGUCCUCACUGUCUGUAAAAAGUGGACGACUGACUAA